AUGGCUACGAUCAAUACCAAGACCGGUCAGGUCGUUGACCGGAGUGUCUUGGAUUCUAUGCUGCGCCGCCGUCUCUUCUACACCCCCUCUUUCGAGAUCUACGGCGGUGUCUCCGGUCUUUACGACUAUGGCCCACCUGGCUGUGCCGUUCUGAACAACAUUGUCGAUCUCUGGCGCAAGCAUUUCGUGCUGGAGGAGGAUAUGCUAGAAGUCGACUGCACGAUGCUGACCCCGCACGACAUCCUCAAGACCAGUGGUCACGUCGAGAAGUUCGCUGACUGGAUGUGCAAGGAUCCCAAGACUGGCGAGAUUUUCCGGGCUGACCAUUUGGUCGAGGAAGUGCUUGAGAGCCGUCUGAAGGGCGACAAGGAGGCUCGUGGCCAGAAGGUCGAGGUGGACGAGGAGAAGGAAGCCAAGAAGAAGCGCAAGUCCAAGCAGACCAAGGCUGUGAAGCUUGACGAUGCCGUCGUCAAGGAGUACGAGGAGGUCCUGGCUCAAAUCGACAACUUUGACGGCCCUGCUCUCGAGAAGAUUAUCACCAAGUACGAUAUCCGCAACCCGACCACCGAUGGCAACCUUCUUCCUCCGGUGGCCUUCAACCUGAUGUUCCAGACCUCCAUUGGCCCUAGCAGCAACAUGCCUGGUUUCCUGCGUCCCGAAACCGCCCAGGGUCAGUUUCUCAACUUCCACAAGCUGUUGGACUUCAACCAGCAGUCCAUGCCCUUCGCCUCUGCCUCGAUCGGCAAGUCUUUCCGUAACGAAAUUUCCCCCCGCGCUGGUCUUCUGCGUGUGCGCGAGUUCUUGAUGGCGGAAAUUGAACACUUCGUUGACCCUGAGGGCGGCAAGAAGCACUCACGCUUCGCUGAGGUCAAGGAUGUUGAGUUGUCUCUACUCAACCGUGACGUGCAACUGUCCGGACGUACCGAGACUGAGAAGAUGACCAUUGGCAAGGCGGUCGAGUCUGGACUCGUGGAUAACGAAACCCUGGGUUACUUCUUGGCUCGCAUUCAGCUUUUCUUGCUCAAGUUGGGUGUCGACCCCAGCAAGCUUCGUUUCCGCCAGCACAUGGCCAACGAAAUGGCUCACUACGCAGCUGACUGCUGGGAUGCUGAACUGCAAACCAGCUACGGGUGGAUUGAGUGUGUCGGCUGUGCCGACCGCAGCGCUUAUGAUCUGACGGUGCACAAGAACAAGACUGGGGCACCCCUGGUUGUGCGCGAACCUCGCGCCGAGCCCUUGAAGAUCGAGGAGUGGCAGAUUGACUUGGACAAGAAGAAGUUUGGGCCCCGCUUUAAGAAGGAUGGCAAGGUGGUUGAGGCCGCCAUUGAGGCCCUGACUCAGGACUUUCGGGAGAAGCUUUCUCUGGAUCUCGCGCAGAAGGGUAAGAUCGAGGUGCCUGUUGAGGGUGUCGGCGCCGGCUCAGUCGAGCUGGACAGUGAGUUGAUCAAGAUCGAGAAACGUACGCGGGUGGAGAACGUGCGCGAGUAUACCCCUAACGUGAUCGAGCCGUCUUUCGGCAUCGGGCGGAUCUUGUACAGCAUGAUGGAGCAUGUCUACUGGUCUCGUGAAGGUGAUGAAGCUCGUGGUGUCUUGUCCUUCCCUCCUGCAAUUGCUCCGACCAAGGUACUGAUCGUCCCUCUGUCGACACACGCCUCCUUCACGCCCCUGAGCCAGCGCUUGAUGAUGUCUCUGCGCCGGAUGGGUAUCUCCAACCGGGUGGAUGACUCUUCCGCCAGUAUCGGUAAGCGCUAUGCACGCAACGACGAGUUAGGUACUCCCUUCGGUAUCACUGUCGACUUCCAGUCGGUCAAGGACAACACCUUCACUCUCCGUGACCGUGACUCAACGAAGCAGGUUCGUGCCAGCGAGACAGAGAUCUUGCAGGCCCUUAAGGCUCUGGUGGAUGGCGAGGAGACGUGGGAGGACAUCCGCAAGCGUCUACCGGAGUUCACUGGCCAGGAGGUUGAGUAG